AUGAACGGGACAGAGGGACCAUUUUUUUACAUCCCUAUGGUUAACACCACUGGCGUUGUCAGGAAUCCUUAUGAAUACCCUCAGUACUACCUUGUCAACCCAGCAGCUUUCGCCGCCCUGGGUGCCUACAUGUUCUUCCUCAUCCUUGUUGGCUUCCCCAUCAACUUCCUCACUCUGUUCGUCACCAUCCAACACAAGAAGCUGCGUACCCCUCUAAACUACAUCCUGCUGAACCUUGCCGUGGCUGACCUCUUCAUGGUGUUCGGAGGAUUCACCACCACCAUGUACAGCUCUAUGCACGGCUACUUCGUCCUAGGACGCCUCGGCUGCAAUCUUGAAGGAUUCUUUGCUACCCUUGGUGGUGAGAUUGCCCUCUGGUCACUGGUUGUCCUGGCUGUUGAAAGGUGGAUCGUUGUCUGCAAGCCCAUCAGUAGCUUCCGCUUCGGGGAGGAUCACGCAAUCAUGGGUUUGGGCUUGGCUUGGGCGAUGGCUUUAGCUUGUGCUGUGCCCCCUCUUGUCGGCUGGUCUCGUUACAUCCCUGAGGGCAUGCAGUGCUCAUGUGGAAUCGACUACUACACACGUGCAGAAGGAUUCAACAAUGAGUCCUUUGUUAUCUACAUGUUUACCUGCCACUUCACGGUCCCACUGGUUAUCAUUUCUUUCUGCUACGGCCGUCUACUCUGUGCUGUCAAAGAGGCUGCUGCUGCCCAGCAGGAGUCUGAGACCACCCAGAGGGCUGAGAGGGAAGUCAGCCGGAUGGUAGUAAUGAUGGUCGUUGCCUUCCUGGUGUCUUGGCUGCCCUAUGCCAGUACGGCCUGGUGGAUCUUCUGCAAUCAAGGAGCUGAAUUCGGACCACUCUUCAUGACCGUCCCGGCCUUCUUUGCCAAGAGUUCAGCCGUCUACAACCCAAUGAUCUACAUCUGCAUGAACAAGCAGUUCCGCCACUGCAUGAUCACCACCUUGUGCUGCGGUAAAAAUCCAUUUGAGGAGGAGGAAGGAGCGUCCUCUACUAAGACCGAGGCUUCGUCUGUAUCCACGAGCUCGGUGUCUCCUGCAUAAAAGGGCCGUUGACACAGGCUCCAUGAUCCAAUAUCCAAGAAGAAGACUUCUGCUCCCCUGGUAAAACGACUGAAGGCUAACGUCUACAGAAAUAACUCCUUUUUGUAUUUUUACAAAUGUAUUGGUUCAACCUAAAGACAGUUGCAGGAAAGGUCUGACCAUAACAGAGUUGUUCUGUAUUUGCAGAAUAUCCAACUUAAAAAUGUAUUUUUUCCAAGAGGAAAGGGAAAAAAACUUUUACAGUUGGAUCAUAUGAUACUGGCUUAUUUUUAAAUGUAGACGCAUGUUACCAAGGCAAUGUAAAAUAAA